UUCCCACCCCUAGUGCCUGGUGUACAUGAUAUAAUCCACAGGAGGUAUUGUGAAUGCACUGCCAACAAUGCUCUUGAGACCUCAGAAUAGCCUGGGCAGAAUAUUACCUGUAGAAGUAAUGAUAUGGUGCGCUUUUAGCAGAAUUUGCAUUAGUCCUGUGUGUGUGUGUGUGUAGUAGCCUACCACUAAUCAAAAUAAUGUCAAAAGUGAGAGUAAGUAACAUAUUUUCUUUUUUUUCCCCAAGAAAAGUUACUUACUCAUUUUGUGCAUGGUUGACAAGGUAUGAAUACCUCUAUUCACCAAUUAAUGUUCAGAGCUAUACGAGUGUGUUAUUAAUAGUGGUAUUAAUUGCUUACCUGCUACCACACCUUAUGGUUCUGUCCUGACAUGGGAGCAAUACAAGGAAACAUCUAAAAGAAAAGUUUUGUAAAAAGCAACUCCUACAAUGUGACACAACUGAAUAAUACAGCCGAGCAUUUUCCUUCCACUUCAACCUCCUUCUUUGCUACAAUGUUAGAAAAUCUUCCUUUAUGAAAGUAUAAAGUGGACGAACAUGGACACACACACACAAAAGACAUUCUGACAUUUCCCAUAAUGCCUCAGUGAUGCUACCAGCUGACAGAGCCGUUCUUGAAGUGCAGCACGUUCGGAUACCAGAAAAAGUGUGGAGACCUUUCAUCUGUUUCCUUACGCAAAGUUCAGGACAUAGUUUUCAGCCCCCCUAUGUGUUUGGCUGGGCGUAAGAUGGGGUCCCAUACGGCGUGGUCGGACUGGUGUUAUAAAAACAACUAAGUGAUCGCCAUUCUAGAUUCAAUUUUGGUGAUAAUGGACCAACCAGACAACAGUGGGGAUGGAUUGCAACCUCAAGACCUCUCUUCCUCCUGCACCCUGCCCAUUGUCUUUGAUCUGAGCAGAAAGGGUGAAGAUUGCCUGCUAAAAGCCAAUGCAGUGGAGAGUCUACAUGUACAGUCACCGGGUUGGUAUGUGGGAGCUGGGACUAGCGAAGCGGUGACUUUCCCCGAGAAUACCUGUGACCACUCUCCGGUGCCUGGCGAUCAGAUCCAACCCGACAAUGCCUUCUCCAACACCACCGUCACCCUCUCGUACGUAAGCCGGUCUCACGUCUUUUCCUCCAACAGCGCCCUCACGCCACAUUGCCCGCUCUACGACAUGUCGUCCCUCAGCAAGAAACUUUCCCAGCAUGCGUCGGGCUAUGAGGCCCUCCCAUUGGUGUCUGAGGCGGACGGGGCGCAGCUCUGCUUGGAGAUGGAUCCCCACUGUCUUCAGACGGUGUCUGCACCCGUCGGGGUGACACCGCACGAGUCGUUUGAAUUCGUCCUGCCCGCUCAGGUGGUGCAGAAUGUCGCCACUGGGGUUUGUUUCCUCAAGCACGCCGUAGACCUCAAUGGCAUUCAAGACGCCGGGGACGCAGCAGUGGAAAUCCUGACGCCCCUCCAGCAAGGCAGCCCCAUUGUUUGCAAGCUCUCGCAGGAAGAGAACGGCUGUUUGCAGAAUGGAGACUGUGCCUUGUGGGACACUGGAGCGUGUGGCGAGAACGCCUCAGGCGAUCUCUUCACAAACCCGGGUGAAGUGCAGACAGAGAGGGACUCUAAAGUGCUCUUUUUGAUCUCCAGGACUGAGCAGCCGCUUAUGCACGACACAGGGACUUCUAUAAACGUCUGUAGCUCGCUCAAUAGGGAAUAUAUCAGCCCUCUAGAGGACCCGGUGUCGCCCCCUGCUACCCCACAGAACGAGAUGGAGGAUGUUUUCGUACUGCCACAGACCGCAAGUUCUCCAAGCGGGGAGAAUUGUCCUGAAGGCUUGGUUAGAAAAGACACUGAAGUGGGUUUUUGUAGUCUUCCACCUGCCGAAUCAGCUUGUGCUGGUGAGACGGAAUGUUUACCGGGUAAUUCAAACACUGAAAACAUAUCAGAAUUGAGCUGCCAACCGCUGGCAGCUAAUGAUCUACACACAUGCCAUGUACUGAUAGAGCAGUGUCCGGACCUGUCCCAGGAUAAAGCGCUAGGUAUGAUGGACAAGCCAGAGUUGACCGCCAGUCGCCAGUUAAAUGGCAGCACACCGACAAAGGAUGGAACACCAGAGAGGAAAAUACUUCCCCCACGUUCUGGCAGGGGAAUAAGGUUAGAAGCCAUUGUUCAGAACAUCAUCCCAUCCAGAGCCAAAGCCAGUAGCACUCGUUCGACUAAGAAAUCCCACCGCUCGAAAGUGGAGGUGUCUGAGAGGAAAGAUGUCCGGGUUGAUGGACAGGUUUUAACUGGUAGUGAUGGCCAGGUUUUAACUGGUAGUGAUGACCAAGAGCCACGUGAGAACGUAUGCACUUCUGAGCAAGAGACCAGGACUUCCGAGACUAGCGCUUCUUUGCAGGCACCAGUCCAAAAGGAGAAGGAUGUAGAUAGUAGCAGCUGUUUUAAAGAAGGAUCUACCUCAGAUUCAGAACAUACACAGAGUCUUUCCAAAUAUCUUCAGGAGGGCACAUCUGAUGAAACGACAAACAACACAUCACCCACCCCAACCAAGAAAUCGGGAAAAGGGCCAAGCGCUUCGAACUGUAAAUCCUCCAACGAUCGUUGUGGGCCGAGUCAGUCGCCCCCAUCCAAAUCGCACAAGAAAAAAAGUCACGUGAAGCGCAAAUGUCCGGCCAGCACGCAGAGCAAAAGCUCGCCCCCCACCAAGAAAGCCCACGCGCCUAAAAAGAAACGCAAGAAACUCAAUGUAGGCCAGUCCACCAUGUUCUCUCCCAAAGAGCCCGAGAUCAAGCUGAGGUAUCUCAACUACAAGGAGGAGAAAAGGGAUUCGCGGGGGGAGAGCUUCUCUCCUUUCGUGCACAUGGAGGACAAGGAGUACGCCACGUGUACAGUCGUCAACUACUCAGAAGAGGUCAAAUCAGCGUCUAGGAAAGGACCGCAUCAGCCCUCCUCAGGGUUCAUGCCUGGUGUCGUCCCGUUCACGCCGUUCUUGCAGUACAGUCGCGUGCCUACGGAGGGCACACAGCGGGCUGCUCUGGUCUGCUGCCUGUGUGGCCGCUCGGCAAACGCGCCGGACCUGGGUGACCUCCACGGGCCCUACUAUGCGGACGGCUCCAAACCAGAGACUAAGCCCUCUGCUAGCAUCCCAGGCCUGAAAGGCGAGGAGGAGAACCAGAGCGAUUCUGACUCCUCUUUCAGCACAAAGGGAAGGAAGUGUGCCACUGCUACCCCCGGCAGCUGGGCUCGAAGAGCCCGUCAGAGGAGGCCCCCAGAGACGACUGUGGGGGCCUACCCAAGGUGGACCAGCGACAGCGAGCUGUCACACAGCCCGGCAGCCAAGAGGUCCAGGAUGGACGGCGGCGACGAUAACUGGUACAGCCCCCCCGUGGUGCCGCUGGAGUCGAACGAGUACUGGCUGCACGAGGACUGCGGCAUAUGGUCGGCAGGUGUCUUCCUGGUGAAGGGGAAGCUAUAUGGGUUGGAGAAAGCAGUCAAGAUGGCCCAAGAAACGAUGUGUUCCACGUGCCACAAAGUGGGUGCCACAUUGGGAUGCUUUUUCAAAGAAUGCCCCAACAAAUAUCACUACAUUUGUGCUGUACAGUCUGACUGUGUACUCAAUGAAGAUAACUUCUCGAUGAAAUGCACCAAGCAUAAGAAUAAAUCAAUCAAAGGCUCUACAAAUAAAAAUAGUGCCAGAUGACGACAACCAGGAAGCAGCAUUUGUACAAGAUGACUGACAUCUCUGCCACUCCACCUUGGUGGUCCAGUGGGUCUACCGAGCUCAGUGAAACCGGCAAACGCGUCUCCUGAUUGACAGAAAAGGCCUCUAUGGAAUGCAAUCACCCUCUAACCUUAACACAACAUGUCGCUAGUGAAGGCAAUCCUCACAUCAGUGUGCUCCAACAAGGAGUUUCAAGGCUUGCAUGAACGCCAGGGCGUCCGUAGCGCUUACAGGUCUGGAUAAAAGUGGAGUGGAUCAAUACAAACUAAGGGGCCCAAAGCAGGAAAGAGGAAUGAAAUGAAAUGGCACAGAAUAAUGUUUUUAAUAUAUAUAAAUAUAUAUAUAUAUAUGUUUGAGAAGAAAUUCUCAGCAGUUAGUUCAAUUAUCCUAAGUGGAUAAUAUUAUUAUUGUAAUUCUCUUUUGUACAGAAUGACUAGUCUUAUUUAUAUUUUGUUUCAAUCUAAGAAUUAUAUUGCAGUCAUUUUUGAAACAAUGUGGUUGGAUACAUUGUGUGUUAAUUUAAUAGAUGAGGCAUGAUUCCUGCUCCCCAAAAACGAGGCAAGUGUUGGCCCAAAGAAGUAUGAAGGGGGAGUUAACCGUAGGGCAUAGACAGGGUUGUCGGAUCACUUUAAGUUCAAUAUCCUCCCUCUUGACAUCUGUUUAAUCACAGAUGUUUUAUCUCAUUACCAUUUACGGUCUUACUGACAUGGACAUUUUUGAUCUACAUAAAAAAAGAAAUUGAAAAGAAAUGAAUUUUCUUUGUUCUCAGUCAGAACGGAGACCCCCAGAUAGCAGAAGACUCUCGAAUGGAUUUGGCGCUUAUUCUCUGGAUUAGCGCCAAAUCCAUCACCGAGCCAGCUGUCAUCUGCGUAUAGCUCUAAGUAGCUCUAAGAGUGAUCUUGACUAUCAUAAAAGACUGCACUCAUAAUCUCUCUCUCUUGGUUUGUAGUGAUCCAUGAGGGAACGGUGCCUGUGUUUUAAAGUCAUUCAUUGAAUGUAUCCUCUCUGGAUAUUCUCUUCAAAAAUGAGAAUUUCAGAGUGCACUUUGGCACUUAAUUUAUCCAUGUGUUUUUGUCAUGUUUGUUUUUUGUUUAAUUUUCGGAAAAUUAAUUAGAAAAGAAUUACUGUCCCCAUAAAACAAAUGCCCCAAAC